CUCAGGAACACGAAAAACCUCCAGAAACUUAACCAGAAAGAGUUAGAACUGGGGCUGAGCGGUACCAGCACAUCCUGGCAUAAAGAUUACAAAGACAGUGCCUGGAUUUUCGUCGGGGGCCUUCCCUACGAUCUCACAGAGGGGGAUAUUAUUACUGUUUUUUCUCAGUAUGGUGAAGUAGUUAAUAUUAAUCUAAUUCGAGACAAGACGACAGGCAAGCAGAAGGGCUAUGCAUUCCUUUGUUACGAGGAUCAAAAAAGCACCAUACUGGCCGUUGAUAAUCUCAAUGCUAUCAAGAUCUUAAAUAGAAUGAUAAGAGUCGAGCAUGUGAAAGAUUACAAAAUCCCAAAAGAAUCUGGCGAUGAGGAUGAGUUAACAAAAUUGGUUCGUUCUGCCGGCUGUGGCCCC